AUGAGCUCCGAGUCGCCAAAAGUCGAUGACAGGGAAAAUCGCAUCCGCUCCACCGCUCUUCGCCAUGCUACCGAGAUUGAGGACCGGAAGAAACUACAAACUCGAAUUGCUGAUCUAAUAGUCGAAGCAUUCGAACUUCCUACAAAGCCAGAUGCCGAUCCAGCGCGCCCGUCACCAUCAGACGCCUCUCUUUUCAAGCAAUGCCUGGGGUUGUUCCAACAAUCCGAUCUCGACGAUCUUAUUUACGAACGUAACGUAGACAACAGGUGCGGCUAUGCCUUGUGUCCCAAACCAAAUCAGAGACUCUCACAUACCGGCAACCUGGUCUGGAACAGGAAGGGUGGCAAGGACUUCAAACUUGUUAACAAGGCGGAAAUGGAGAAAUGGUGUUCGUCUCUAUGUGCAGAAAGAACAGCCUUCGUCCGUACUCAGCUAGGGACCGGUCCGGCAUGGUUGCGAGACAUAACGGCAGUCGAUAUCAAAUUAUUCGAUGAGUUUGACACUGACCACCUUGCGGAAUCUUUGAACGCUCUGUCCGUUGCCAGAACAGCGGAAGACGAAGUGGCAGAGAAAAUGCAAGCGCUUGCACUUGAACGCGGAGAGCUCAAGGUCAACCGUAACGAAGAAGGCGUGACACUCAUCGAAAAGUCAAGUGACGAGAUUCCCGAACCACCGUCGUUGACAUCGCAGCAGCAGGGUACCAUUGAGGGUUAUCAGCCACGAAAGGUCCGUUUCCAGAAGUCAUAA